AUUUUCCUUCUUCGUUGAAUAAAAGAAGACAGAGAUACAAGUUCCUCUCUCUCUCUCUCUCUCUCUCUCUCUCUUUCUUUCUUUCUUUCUUAUAUGUUUAUAUUUUGCAGAAUUGGAGAUAUGGGUGGGUGUGAUGAGUGAGCACACAAAUCAUUCUAUUUUUCUGCUGAUGAAGAAGCACUAUACUCAAAUUAUAUCUCUCCGGCGAUGAACUCAUCCUUGAUUAAUCAGUUUAUCGAUUGCCCAGCAGGUAAACAGGAAAGGAAGUCGAAACCCAGGAAGUAUAUUGAAAAGAUGGCACGGUUGUUUUUUGCUUUGCUAUUUAUAAUAUCUCUAUUAGUAGAAACUACAUUAAGUAAACCGAGACCAGAAACAGUCGAAAUCAGAUGCGAGACACAACUAGAACAUAACACUACCAUAUAUGUCCCCAACUUCAUUGCUGCAAUGGCGAAUAUCAGUGAUCAAAUCAAAACAAAAGGCUACGGACAAGCUAUUGUUGGCACAGGACCUGAUGGUAACUAUGGAUAUGGUCAAUGUUAUGGUGACUUAUCAUCGCUUGAUUGUACGCUAUGCUAUGCAGAAGCACGUACUGUUCUCCCACAGUGUUACCCAUAUAACGGAGGAAGGGUCUUCCUUGACGGCUGCUUUAUGCGGGCAGAAAAUUAUAGUUUCUUUGACGAAUUUACGGGUCCUAAUGAUAAGGCUGUUUGUGGGAAUUCUACUCAAAAGGGACAAAAUUUCCAGGAUUUGGCGACGAAGGCUGUGCUUGAUACUACUGCUGCUGCAAUACGAGAUGGUGGUUAUGCAAAGGCUGAAGUGAAAGGAUUGUCUUCAAGAAAUGAGUCAGUUCAUGUUCUUGCGGAUUGCUGGAAAAUUCUUAAUGCUAGCUCAUGCAAAGCAUGUCUGCAGGAAGCAUCAGCCUUAACGGUGGGAUGUAUGCCUUGGUCAGAAGGACGAGCACUUAAGACGGGAUGCUUUAUGAGGUAUUCAGACAUAGAUUUCCUUAACAAGGAACAAACAACUGAAAGCUUGAAAGUAAGCCCAGGAGUGUUGGUGAUCUCGAUUUUGAGUUCGUUGGCUGUUGUGGGGGUAGGGGUAGUCGUCGGAAUGUACAUUUGGAGGAGAAGAAGAAUACAAAGGAAACGACGAGGUUCAGAUGAUACCGCUAAAAUGGUGAAAAGUCUUGUGAACAGUAGCCUGAAUUUCAAGUACUCUACCCUUGAGAAGGCUACUGGCUCUUUCGACAAUGCCAACAAACUUGGGCAGGGAGGAUUUGGUACUGUUUACAAGGGAGUUCUGGGUGAUGGAAGAGAGAUAGCAGUGAAGAGACUUCUCUUUAACAAUAAACACAGAGCAGCAGAUUUCUACAACGAAGUUAACAUUAUUAGUUGUGUAGAACAUAAGAAUCUUGUGAGAUUGUUGGGUUGCAGCUGUUCAGGACCAGAAAGCCUUCUUGUCUAUGAAUUCCUCCCAAACAAGAGUCUUGAUCGUUUUAUCUUCGGUAAUUCUCAAGGAAUGACACUGAACUGGGAAAAGAGAUUUGACAUAAUAACUGGGACAGCAGAAGGAUUGGUAUACCUUCAUGAGAAUGCAAAGAUUAGGAUCAUACACAGAGAUAUAAAAUGCAGCAACAUCUUGUUGGAUUCGAAGCUCCGAGCUAAAAUUGCUGAUUUUGGAUUAGCAAGAUCUUUCCAAGAAGAUAAAAGCCACAUAAGUACUGCCAUCGUAGGAACCCUUGGGUAUAUGGCACCAGAGUACCUAGCGCAUGGGCAGUUAACAGAAAAGGCAGAUGUGUAUAGCUUUGGGGUGCUCUUGAUAGAGAUUAUUACUGGAAGGCAGAAUACCAGAGGCAAAACUUCCGACUACUCUGACAGCCUCGUUACAACUGUUUGGAAGCAUUUCCAGCUGGGAAGAGUGGAGGAAAUAAUAGAUCCAAAAUUGACAAUGCACGCCUAUGAUAACAAAAAAGAAAUCAAAGAGGGUAUAUUGAGGGUCGUGCAAGUGGCACUUUUGUGCUCACAAGAAGUACCUUCGUUGCGACCGUCAAUGUCAGCAAUCCUACAUAUGCUUUUACAAAAAGAUGAGCUGCUUCCGUUACCUACAAAUCCACCUUUUAUGGAUGAGAAAACGAUGGAGCUGAAUGAUAUUAGUGAAGAUCAGCGCUAUCGAUUCAAUGCCAACUCCUCUCAUUCAGUUGCGACUGCCUCUGAUGGAUCCCUAUUAUAUGCAAGAUAAGUUGAUAACCUCAAAAAGAAGGUCAAAUAUAUGCAGGAACUGCUGUACAAAAUUUGAUGCUACUAUAUAUAACAUGAUCGCAUCACGGUUUAUGAGGCUAUUCAUGCUUCUUUUCAUCCAGCUGCUAUGACCCCCAUUUUAAACAUGGAAAGUACAUGUAUACCAAUUAUCCAGAUCAGUAUGGUUCUUAAUGUAAAAUCUUAUAGUUUAGUUGAAAACCUCAUUUUGAAUUUCUUUCCUUCUCUGUGAGACUACAAAACGAGGCUUGUACAGAAGAAAACUAAAAAUAACGGUUUACUAAUUAACUAUUGUGCAA